UUAACAGCAAAGACUAAGAAAGUCGUAUCUACUCUCCAACCCAACAACACCAAAUCACCUAUACAUUUUCCACCUUCUCCAACCUUCCAUCUUCUCUUCACAAAUCUCGUUUCUUCAUUAUGAGCUCGCCGGCGAGAUCUGGAGGCACCGGUUUCUUUACUGGAUUCACGAGGCUAUGCAAGGGUCUGGCUGUGGUUCUUGUUGCCGGUCACAUUGUAGUUCAGAUUUUGCCUCCUGCUGUUUCAUAUCUCGCUCUUAUUCCUGCCAAGACAAUUCCUUUUGCGUGGAACCUCAUUACAGCUGGUUACAUUGAACAAUCAAUAUAUGGGGUGGUUGUCAGCACUUUAUUCCUCCUUAUUAUGGGGAAGCUACUUGAACCUGUGUGGGGUUCUAAGGAGUUCUUGAAGUUUAUUUUCAUAGUCAACUGUCUUACUUAUGUGUGUGUUUUCAUUACAACUAUUGCCUUGUACUACAUAAUGAGGCAGGAAAAUUACCUCUAUAUGCCCAUUUCUGGCUUCCAAGGGAUCUUGUCAGGUUUCUUGGUUGGUAUGAAGCAAAUUAUACCUGACCAAGAACUGCCCUUAUUCACAAUAAAGGCAAAGUGGCUUCCAUCUAUUGCACUCUUGCUAGCUAUUGCUGUAAGCUUCUUUACGCCUGAUUCAACAGCAUAUCUUCCAACCAUUAUAUUUGGCACGUAUACAAGUUGGAUUUACCUAAGAUACCUACAGAGGAAACCAGAAGCAAAACUAAGGGGUGAUCCAAAUGAUGAUUUUGCAUUCUCUACUUUCUUUCCUGAAUUCCUUAGACCAGUUAUUGAUCCCAUUGCAUCAAUAUUCCAUCGGAUGCUUUGUGGAAGAUCCGACACUUCUACUGAAGCACAUGGUUAUACUCUGGGAGGGGCUCCAUUGCCUGGUUCAGACCCCAUCGAGGCAUCCAGGAGGAGAGAACGUGGAGCUAGAGCACUGGAAGAAAGAUUGGCGGCUGAGAGGUUGGCUGCUGCAAGGAGUGCAGAGGAGUCAAAAAAAGAUGCCUCAGAGAAUGUUUGAUAGCUCGGAAAUUCUACUUGAGAACUUAAACAGCAAGUGAAAAGUUGUAUUUUGAUGACUGCUUACAGAAAUUGUGCAGUAUUUGGAGAUCAGUUUUUUAUUCUGAUUUCUAGGUAAAUUUUUGUGAUGCAUAUUUUUGUGGAUUAUUAUUCUUUAGUGAAUUAUAUAGCUAUAAUCAGCAUUUUUUUCAUGA